CAAUAUUGAUGUCGCUAAUACUAGUGCUGAGAGUAUAAUAAGCUCAAACGUAGCAGUAUUUCAUACCAAUUCUCAAAGCUCUAACGAGAAAGCAAAGUUGGUUUGAUUUUGAACUACACACCUUUCAGCUAAAUCCCAAACACGCAUCAUGUCGACGCCUCCCCCAGAAGAUGGAUACACUUUACGACGAAACUACAUGUCCUCAAUGCGACUAAAUGCACAACACUAUCUCUGGAAAGACGCUGUCGGGUCGAACCUGCAUCCAGCAAUCUCCGUGCCCAACGAGGGCAAAGAUUUGCGCAUUGCAGAUAUAGGCACGGGGACCGGAGUAUGGAUGACAGAUGUGAAUCGGGAAUAUCCCGCUGCACAGAUCGACGGCUUCGACGUCUCCUUCGAUCAGUGUCCGCAGCCGCAAUGGCUGCCGAAGAACACAUCGCUCCGAUACCUUGAUCUGUAUCAGUCUUUGCCUGAGGACCUUCAUGGUGCCUAUGAUAUUAUUCACCUGCGAUUAUUUCUGGUGGUAAUUCGAGACAACGACCCUGUGCCUGUCUUGAGAAAUUUGGUUAAGAUGCUAAAACCUGGCGGCUGGGUUCAAUGGGCAGACCACAAUCUUGAGUCAUGGACCGUCGAGACCGUCUCGCCGGACGUCCCCAGCCCAGCGAUGGAAAAAAUGCGCGACAUGAUGGUGAACACAGGGCUUGGCCGCUGGGUUCCUCGCCUUCAUGAAAUAUUCAGCCAGCAGGGUCUAAUCGACGUCCGAAAAGACCUCUACCAGAUAUCGCCGCACAGCCGGCUCUACUGGACCCAGCUGCAGUUCAACUCCAACGAAGAGUACAGCUAUCUGGGCAUGGAUAACAGCACGUCGGACGCCGCCGGGCCUCAAUAUCGCAAUUUGAUUGCGCAAGCAGGCGAGGAGGGACGUAACGGAGCGGCGUUUAAUUUCACGCUGGAGGUCACAAUCGGGAGGAAACCCGAUUAGUUGGUAAUUACCAGUAUUGUUCGGUAUUAUGUACCGGUAUUGGAUACGGUAUUUAAUUAGUGGAACCAAGAAUCGCAUGGAAUACUAGGAGUAUCGUAGUAGAUCAGGCAGUUGACGAUCUAGUUGUGUUUGAGAUACCGGUCCCACAUAAUGAAGUGUGUGGAAUGUCAGCACGGAUCAG